AUGGCAUCAAAGAAAAUAUCUUGUGCUGGAUGUCUUAAUAUCAUAAUGGGCAAACUGUAUCUUAAAUGCCAUACGUGUAGAGAUAUUUAUGACUUAUCGUGUGCUAAUGUUUCUGAAAAACGGUUUAACAACAAUAUGACCAAGGAACAUAAACAGGCUUGGGUAUGCCCUGCAUGCCGAAAUAAACAACCUAAGGGAGAUAAUACCAAUACACCCAUACGUCAAGGGAACUUAGGAAACCUAAACAAGUCUUCUGAUAGCGAGGAUUCUCAGAGCAGCUAUGUCACUCAACGAAAAAAGCAAUCAACAUCGUUGUAUUCGCAUUCUGAAGAUGAAUUGAGAAGACUCAUCAAAUCGGAAAUGCGAGCUUCGCUGCGUGAGGAGCUUCCUGAUCUGAUUCGCCCAAUGUUAGAAAAAGAACUAUACCCCCUUAAAGAAAGACUACAAGAUCUUCAAAACACAGUUCAGUAUAUAAGUAAUCAGUAUGAAGAUUUAAACAAGACAAUAUCAACAUUGUCAUCGGACUACAAUAAGAUGAAAUGUCAAUGUGAUAAUUUGGAAUCCACAGUACUAUCUUUAACGGAACGCAUUAAUACUAUAGACCAAAAUCUAAGAGAUUCUAAUAUUGAGAUACAGGGAGUCCCCGAAAGUAAAACAGAAAACCCGCUUAGUAUUAUUAAGAAAAUUGCUGAAACUGUGUCUUACAACCUUUCUGACACUGAUGUUUUGAAUUGUACAAGAGUUGCCAGUAUGAAUAGGAAUAGCAAGCGGCCAAGAGCUAUAAUCGCAAAAUUACGAAGUACACGAUGUCGUGACGAACUGUACUCUGCCAUUGCUAGAUAUAAUAAGUCUCAUCCCCACAAUAAACUUAACUCAUCAAACCUCGGUAUCAGUGGUAAUAUUGUGCCAAUAUAUGUAUCGGAGCAUCUUUCUCCUUUUAAUAAAUCUGUGCAUGCUGCAGCCAGACUCAAAGCGAAGGAAUUAGCUUAUAGAUUCGUGUGGGUACGAAAUGGACACAUAUUUAUGAGAAAAAACGAAACCUCACAAUUUAUACAUGUUAAAAAUUUGCAGGUGUUAGAGAAUCUGCAGUGA